AUGGACAUCAGAUUUGCGUGCCUCGUGGUGACUAUUGCCGUCCUGAUGGCAGCCGGAGUUGUUGCCCGGAUCGGAUCCUUCACCAGGAUUACACAAAUUGCUGUUACUGCGUUAUUAAUACCAUUAUUUUAUAAAUAUCAUCGGAGAAUUUAUGUUAUUAUACGGACUUUACCACGAGAUAUUAAAUUCCUAUAUCGCUAUCUAAAUGCCGACAAAGAGACGAAGCGAUUUGUGAAAAACAAUACCACGGUUAUGGAAAUAUUCAGUGAAAGAGUGAAAUUAUAUCCAAACAAGCCCUGUUUUAUAUUAGAAGAACGUACUUGGACCAAUGCUGAAAUAAACGAGUACAGUAAUAGAAUAGCAAAUACGUUUAUCAAACAUGGGUACGUGAAGGGCGACGCGGUAGCACUUAUGAUGACAAACCGACCAGAAUUUAUUGCUACUUGGCUCGGUUUAGGAAAAAUCGGCGUGAUAACUGCAUUGAUAAACACGAACCUACGCCUACAAUUAUUAUCCCACUGUCUGACAGUCGCCAAAGUCAAGGGCGUCAUUUAUGCUGCUGAGUUUUCAUCAGCAAUCGACGAGAUCAACGACUCGAUUGAGGGCAUAAAAAAAUACAAGGAAGGAGCUGGACUCAACGACGCCCAGCAAGGAACGGAGAACCUAGACAAGCUGAUGUCUGAAGCCAGCUCUGAAAAUCCAGUGGUCGAAAAUGAGCCGGGUUAUCGCGAUAACUUGCUCUACAUUUACACCAGUGGGACUACCGGGCUGCCAAAAGCAGUUCUUAUGCCAAACUCUAGAUAUCUUCUGGUAACAAUGGCCACAUAUCACAUGUUAGGGCUGAGGGAUGGUGACAUUAUGUACAAUCCAAUUCCUCUAUAUCAUAUGGCUGGAGGGCUAGUCGGGACUGGGUGUGCUCUUGUCAAAGGAAUACCCAGUGUACUCAGGACUAAGUUCUCGGUGUCUCAUUAUUGGACUGAUUGUAUUAAAUACAAUUGUACGUUGGCACAAUACAUCGGAGAAAUGUGCAGAUAUUUAUUAUCAGCGCCAGCGAGACCCGAGGACAGUCAGCAUCCGGUGAGACUGAUGGUCGGCAACGGGAUGAGAUCGCACAUAUGGCAACAGUUUGUCGAUCGGUUUAAAAUCGAGCAAAUCACUGAAGUGUACGGCUCUAGUGAAGGAAAUGCUAAUAUUGUGAAUGUUGACAACCAAGUCGGAGCUGUGGGCUUUAUACCCUCGAUACUACCGAAGCCGCUGCAUCCAGUAGCGAUUAUUCGCAUCAAUCCUGAGACCGGUGAACCUGUCAGAGGACCUAAUGGUUUUUGUAUACGGGCUGAAAUAAAUGAACCGGGAAUGUUUAUAGGUCUAAUUAAACAGGGUAAUGCCUCGAGGGAAUUUAAUGGUUACUUGGAUGAAGAAGCUUCAAGAAGAAAAGUCAUCGAAAAUGUGUUUGUCAAAGGGGAUAAAGCAUUUCUGACGGGAGAUAUUUUAGUUCAAGACGAACUAGGAUACUUUUACUUCAAAGACAGAACAGGAGAUACCUAUAGGUGGAAAGGCGAAAACGUAGCGACCGCAGAAGUCGAGGGUGUCGUUAGUAACGUCGCUGGUUACAGAGACACUACUGUCUACGGUGUCCAGGUACCAGGAAUGGAAGGUCGAGCAGGGAUGGCGGCGAUAGUCGAUCCUGAGUGUCUGCUGGACUUCAAAGCACUUGCAGAAGGCCUGGACCGCGCUCUUCCCUCCUACGCCAGGCCAAUUUUCCUGCGAAUAGUAAACGAGCUUGAGAUGACGGGGACUUUCAAGCUUAAAAAAAUAAACCUACAGAAAGAGGGCUUUGACCCGAACAAAAUCCAGGACAAAGUUUACUUCAGGUCUGGUAAUAAAGAGUACGUCGAGGUCACACCCGAGCUUUAUCAAGAAAUUAUUUCCGGGUCAACCAAGUUAUAA